AUGAAUCGAUUACCCUCAGUUUCGAGUUUAAUCUCUCCGCCAGAGCCAAAGCCCUACGACAGCUUCUCUUCUCCCACAAUGCAGGACAAGAUGUCGCUGCCGGGAAUCGCUCCUUCAUACGCUACAGAGAACACUCUUCCUCCCAUUUACAACAGUCAAUGCCGCGGUACGCCGUACGUUGAGGUCCUACCAUCGCCACCCGUCUCACCAUGGGCCAACGACGCACGGAAGCCCGAGGGGCGAUUUCGCGGCGACUCAAUCACCGAAGAUGGCUCUGUUCAAGGCGAAAAUAUCCACGAUCCGCCACUCUUCUCUUCGCGUCACAACAGUGAUGCCGGCCUCGCUCCUGAUGUCCCUCUCUUCCCGCCGCAGCCCAUUGACCCCAACGUUGAUGCUCUGGUCUCGCGGCACAUGGCCUCGCACCUCGUACAAUUCAACGGUCGCUUGAGUCAGCCCACGCGCGACGAAUACCUUCUCGCCCUCUCUUGCAUUCCUAAAAUCUCUGAAAGAGUGAACCGAAACCCUCAAGGAUGGCUGAAGCGCGAGCGGGACAUACUGGAUGAGCGAUUUGGGCAAGCGCAGCGCGUCUGGAAGCGACCGGCGACCAAGAGUUUUGUCAAGCUUGCGCCUGCUCCUGCCGGCGCCAAGCAUGACUCUGUGCCGGCUGCGCGCAACACUGUCCGCCCGGCCCGAACUGCGCCUCGUCAGCCCAAGGUCAAGCGCACGCCGCCGACCAAGGUCUUGGACUCGUUUGCGUCCACCGUGCCAGCGACUCCCAAGCAACGUGCCAUUGGCACCAGUCGUGAGGACACUGACUACGUGUCGCUGCCCGAUUAUUCGCCACCGACCUCGUCGCUUCCCAAGAGCAACCCAAAGAUCCUCAAGGCCGACUGGAGGGGCCAAGUUCUUGACCUUUCGAACGAUCCCGACCGACACAUGCUUCACGAGGCCGAAGUCAAUCUCGCCGCCACCCUCCGCCUGUCUUGCGCCACUUAUCUCUGCAGCAAACGCCGCAUCUUCCAGGCUCGGCUUCAAGCGCUUCGCAUCGGCAAAGAGUUCCGCAAGACUGAUAGCCAGCAAGCCUGCAAGAUUGAUGUCAACAAAGCCAGUAAGCUCUGGACAGCCUACGAACGAGUCGGAUGGUUCAAGCGCGAGCACUUUGAGAAAUAUCUCUGA